AUGGGCGACGUCGGGGCCUUUACGCAAUGGUGCAUUCCGAAGGGCGUCCGUCACCGCCCGGGCUUCGGCAGCGAGUUGCGCGAUGCAUCCCGCGCCGCCGACAUUUCGCUCCUGGUGCGGACCCUGAACCCCCGCACCAUUAUGAGCGACCAGACCCCCGACAUCGACGACGAAUCACACGUACCCGCAAAUGCGCUACCAAGUCGGCCGCGCAUGGCUGUGGCCGGAUACGCCCGUCUUUACCGAGAGCUCAACCUCCUCCCUGACGUGCCCAUUGCAGAGGAGGCCCGCGAUAAUCUCGCCACGAACGACGCCCAGCACCAGCUAAACGGAGACACAGCGGCCACGACGUUUGGGUUCACGGGCCAUUACGAUAACCAUGCCGCCCCUGAUGAGGAGGGUGUUCUGCGCCCCAAACAUGAUGCGAUGCAGUCCCUCCUCCGGAACCUACUCCCGCACGAUCUGCCCGCCGGGGAUAAGGACGUGCUGAUUUUGAUUGCGGCUUACCACGGCGAUAUUGACCGGUACGCGCGUCUCAGGCGACCUGUCCACGUUAGUAUUAACGAGGACUGCUGCGUGAGGCGCGACAUCCACCACAAUACCGGCUUCGCGAGGUGGAUGCUCCACGACCAGCCCAGCAAGCACUACAUCCAGGCGAUCAACGCCCCGAUCUGGUACCCGACCCGCGCUGCCGCCGAAACGUACGUCGAGCUCGCCCGCCGCAGGCCGUACAUACGUCCCGCCGUGGCGCGCGCCCUGAUCGAUUACCCGACGGGGUGUGAGGAGAAGAUGGACUGGGAUUUUGGGUUCUCGCCCGCGGCUUUGAUGGGCGCGCUGCGCGCGGGGAAGGAUGGGGCGCGGGGCCGUGGCGCGGCCGGCGCAGGUGGUGCUGUCGAAGGUGCUGUUGGGUGCCACGCCGAACUGGGACCCCGGUAUUGA